AAACUGUAAAACUAAUAUUUUUCAAAAUUUGCAAAAUUCCUAGUAAUAAGAAAAAAUGUGCAAUUGUAAUCAAAAACAUCAACUAUUGGCCGCGUCCCCAACGCACUGUUGCCAGUGUUGCAACAAAAAACAGAAAAUCAGAGGAAAAUUUGGCGUCGCCUACGUCAUAGAAACGGACGACAAAAAAACGAAACCGUGCGGCUGGGAGGUGGAAUUCAACGACACCCCUUCGCAAAUCGAAAACAGCUGCAAAAAAAUGAUGAAGUGGAUCAGUUGUCCUCCGUUGGGCGAGUGCGGCAGCGAUAGUUUACAGUGUUGCCAGUGCCAAAAACAGCAAUUUUGCGCAUGUCAGAAGCACUACGAAGUCCCAAAUUGUUGUUGCAACAAACCUUCCAGAGGCCAAAAAAUGUACUUUAAUUCCAAAAGACAGUGUUACCACUGCAGCAACCAAUCGGAUAGUUCGAUGGAAGCGCAGUGUUGCCAUUGCGCCAAUAAAAAACUGCAACAUUGCGAUUGUAGUUGUAGCAAGUGCAAGUGUACGAAAAAAAGUGGGAGAAAGCAUAAGGAGGAGCACAAGUCGUCAAAAAACUACAUAAGCCAUGAUUCAAAUUCAAAAAAAGAUAGAGAGUUAAGGUCGCUUUACACUUUGACUAGGGAGGAGCCUAGGAAGGGUCCUGACAAAGGGGUGGAGGAAGAUGUUAAGGUUGGACAUCAAGAGGAAGAUGUUAAGGUUGGACAUCAAGAGGAAGAAAAAGAGAUUAGGAGCAUGGAUUAUGAUGAGGAUCUUGGAAAAUCUAGAGACGAAUCUAAUGAAGAUGGAUCUCAGACAGUUCCAGACAUUUUCAAUAUAGAGGUAGAUAGUCCUACAAGUAUCCCGCCUCAAAAAAGGAAAAUCAAAGGAAAACAGCUGUUGAAACUCAUAAAAAAUGAACACAGAAAGGAGAUGGACGCUAUACAUCCUCCAAAAGCCUAACAAAAAUUUUUUUAGUAUUGUACACUUGUAUGUGUAAGUUUGGACAAUUCCUGUAAU